CGAAGGACCGUGAUAUGUUCCGCGUCUCUACCUUUUAUCCUCAUCCUUUGAGCGUCAACCCACACAUGUACAGGGUGAUGACUCAGGAACUGUUCUUCUAGUCUUUGACUGUUUUAUCAAUUUCACCACGCCUCGAGCGGCGGAUCAGUCCAACCAUGUCUGGUAUCAAGGAUUUGGCUGAGGUGAUUUCAGAGGAUGCAGAUAUCGUAAUCAAAGAAUUUGAAGAAAAAAACAUCCCCGACUUUUCUUGGAGUGAAGAUGCCCCCUUUGCUUUCCCUAAAGUCAGCCCAGAGUGUUAUGAGGCCAUUCAGAGAAUCUCCGCUGCUGCCGUUCGGAUUCAGCGGUUGGCCACACCCCCUGUUAUCUUCCUUCGCAUGCUUCAUGAUAAGUGUUACGAAAUCGGUGCUAUCAAAGCCUUGAUGGAUCUUGGCGUGCCUUAUGAGAUCUUUCUGAACCAUGACAUUUCAUACGAAAACCUCGCCAGAAUUGUCAAUAUUGAUAAGGAUCUCUUAGCUCGCUAUGUUCGUCUGGCUGCUGCUGCUGGUUUUCUAUUUGAGCCUAGACCCGGUUUCGUCAGUCACAAUGUCACUUCUGCCAUCUUUAUGAAAGACCGCAAUACCGCUCACGCUUUGCAUUGGGGAUUCAAAGAAGCUUUGGUAACUGCUGCGGAGAUCAGCGAGUCAUUCAAGAUGGAUCCCACUGGUCGUAAUCCCUAUUGUUCUGCUUGGAGCAUUUCCCAUAAAGAACGUGGUGAGGCACUGGAGACAUAUUGGCAACGCAUCGAGCGCGUUCCUGAAGACGCCAAAGAAUAUCAAAGUCUUAUGGCUGCCACUGCCAAGCUCGAACAAUAUUCGAUGGAGCAUGUGAUAUCUUGUUUUGACUGGAGACUGGUUAAUACUGUUGUUGACUGCGGAGGAUGUCCUGGCCACAUCUCAAUGGCUCUUGCGGAUAGGUUUCAUCAUCUCAAGUUUGUCGUACAAGAUCUUCCUGAAGCUGUCGCUCUUGGUCGAAAGUCGCUGCCCAAGCGAUACAGAACACGUAUUACUUUCGAGCAUAAUGAUCUUUUCAAGAGCCAACGAGUGACUGCCGAUGCUUACUUUUACCGCUGGAUCAUGCAGUCGUGGUCUGACGAUUUUGCGAGGGACAUCAUACGUGGCGUGGGAAAGGCAAUGAAUCAUGGAGCCAAGCUUUUUAUCAACGAGAUGCUCAUGGAUGAUGUGGAUUGGGACUGCGAGGCCAUCGAAAUGGAGGGACGGAUAACGGAUAUACGCAUGCAUGCUCUCCAUAUGGGAAGAGCGCGUUCCAUGGUUGAAUACAUCAAUAUGGUGCGAAUGGCCGAUAAGCGAUUCCGAUUCGAGCGCAAACAUUGUCCCCCUGGUUCUUUCUUGAGCGUCUUGGAGUUCACCUUUAUCGAGUUACCUCCCCCUGCUACCACUGAUGGUUCUCGCACUCCGGUACAAGAGGACUUUGACUGAUCUAGUCCUUUUGGUACCGGGGGGAGGCCGUUAAUGUCUUGCAUGCCCCUCAUCUCUUUAUCAUGUUUUUGAUCAUGUACCGACUUGGAACACUUCUAGCGUGGAUAAAUCGAGCACUAGGUAUCUUGCAUCGGAUUUUCGCCCUUAGCUCUUUUGUACACAGGUAACCGAUAUGAUUG